AUGCCGAACCCGUUCAAGGAAACCAAUUUAUUCGAGCCUGUGAAUGGGUCCAAUUCGAUCUACGGUCGGAUCCUGCAGAAUAAAUUUCCUACGGGUACAAACCCCGAUCCUUAUGAGGUGGAUCCUCUUCCGGUGGCCGAGUUGGAAAUGGAGGAUCCCUUGAGCGCGGAGUAUCGGUACUACGAUGAACCGCUUGCGCAGGAUAAAGGCGAUGAGAGUAUUCAUCUGGGAAAAGACUCGGCCAGUGCCGAUGAAAUAAUAGAUACUAGCAUAGAAUAG